UCCCAGCGCGGUCCUGCCGAGGGCCACCGGUGCCUGCAAGGGGACGGCUCGGAGCUGCGGGUGACAGAUGUGCCUCUGCGUGUGUGUGUGCGCGCGUUCGGCGCGUUUCUGCCAAAUAAGGAGAAGUUUAAUUUCCGUACCACGUACUGCCUUGCAGCGGUGUAUUGGCAUCAGACCACAAUGAAUGUGGAACAUGAAAUUAGCCUCCUAGUUGAGGAGAUUCGGCGGCUGGGAACCAAAAAUGCUGAUGGACAAGUGAGUGUGAAAUUUGGUGUGCUGUUUGCUGAUGACAAGUGUGCCAACCUCUUUGAAGCCCUGGUGGGAACGCUUAAGGCGGCAAAACGACGGAAGAUCAUCACUUACCAAGGAGAGCUGCUUUUACAAGGUGUUCAUGACAAUGUGGACAUCAUGCUGCUGCAGAACUGAUGCAGUGUUUCAACUGUGCAUUAGUGGAAUUGUUUGAAACAGUUUGAUCAAUCAAACAAUUAUUUGAUUUGCCACACACUCUUAAUAAGGUUGAUCAUUCCAAGGCAUUUUGAUGUAUUUUGUAUAUCUUUAUAGUCAAAAGAAAACUGUCCUAUUUUGGAAAACAUUCCCUUUUGUAAGUCUUCCUAAAAUGGUACUGUAUGUGAGUAAUGUAAAAGAUGCCAGAUCUUUUUCUCUCUCUUUUUUUUGUUCUUUUUUUUUUUUUUUUUUUAAAUCUCAGGUAAUUCUCUCAAAUGUCUGGUGGUUAUUUUCAACAUAUGAAAAAGAGGACUGGUAAUUUAAUGUU